AUGUCGUCUUUCUUCAAACAACUCUUCCCUUUCAUGAAAGUCAAGAAAAAGAAGGAAUUUUCCUACAUAAUUCGUGGAGUAGAUCCCAAUACCGUAUGGAACCUUGUGGGCGAAUUGGGAGAUGGAAGCUUCGGCAAGGUGUAUAAGGUAUGAUUAAACUGCAUAUUAACUAUCUAUUUGGUAGCUCAUUGAGCUUUAGACGCCGGCUAAUUCACGGUUGAUUCUACUCGAGAAGAUUUUAACACCCAUUCAAGCAAUAAUGAAUAUUACAGUGCAGCGAAAUUACGAGUUCGUGAAAUAUUUCUGUUGUUAAUUCAAAGCUCGAUGGAUCAUGCUAUAACUCGUUCAAAUACUUCUUUGUACGUUUGGUACAAUUAAUAGAGCUGUCACUGAUUUAGAGCCGAAAAUAUUUUAUUUUAAUAUAGCUCCUAUAAAUUCAAGAAUCAGCUCAUUUAUUUCGUAACAGCCUUAGAUUUGUACCACCGCAAAGGCACACAUUUUGUUUAUUUAUGUCAUGUUUUAUGCAAAAUAAUAUUUCAACAUAAUAUGCAAAAACUUGCAGCAUUAUUUUUAGCAAUGUUGAAGCUCAUUUGUAUGCACAAGGAAAACGGGUUUUAAUAACUUAGAUUUACAAAAUUGCAAAGAUUGUUUAUUAUACUUCCCAGCAUGUUUUUACUUCCUAAUGUUUUGGUUUAAAAUAUUCCCGACUGCAGUUUUUCCAUAAGCUUACAACAAACUCAAUAAUUUGUUCUGUAAACAUUUAAAGCUUUUUAGCAAGUCAAUGGACUGUGACAAAGAGUUUUAACCCUGAUUCAUUACUGCAUUAAUAUUCAUGGUUAAGUUGUAUGUGCUGGAAAGUUAUUUUAAGUGAUUUUGAAGUAGAUAACAUAAUAGAAACAGGAAAGAAAUAGAAUUGCAAGAAGAUGCAAACAAUGAUCAAGUGAAUGUUUCAAUAUAUUCUUGGUGUUGGGCACUUCAUUUUGGGCAUAGCAUUUUUGAAUUUGACAGCUGUCCAAUUGAUGUUCUAAUUGUGUACCAGAUAUAUCUUUCAAUGGUGGUAAAAGUAUCAGUCUCUUAGAAAACCUUCAAUGCACUUUUUUUCACCUGCUCUUUGUUGAUGACUGUUCACCCUCAGUUAUGUUUGAUCUCCAUAAUAAUUCUUCUGAACAUAGGAAAGCCAAAUCAAUAAUAUUCAUUGUUUUAUCAUUCAUUCAAAAUUAUUCCUAGUUUAAAAACGAGCUAAAACAUGCUUAUCUCGAUCAAUGUUAACUUCCUGUCUUCAAUUGCCUGUUUCUCGGCAAUGUCAGGAGAGAAAGAGAUGUUUUCUUCUGCAGAUAUUCUCCAAAUAAAGGGUGCAAAGAAAGUCAGUUUUACAGCUUGCCUGAAUGGCAAGCUGUAGUGUGCAUGUACUACCAAGCUUCAUUUUAACGAGCCCUAAAAACUUCAACGCUGGCUGGUUAUUUAACAAUUAUUCCUCGAGCCCAAAUGGGCUCUGAGUCAAUAGCCCAUGAGGCCCAAGGCUGAAUGGGCUAUUGACUCAGAGGCCAUGAGGGCGAGAGGAAUAAAUAUUGUUUUAGUAAAAUCCAAGUAGUUGGUAAAAAAUAUCAAGAGUAAAAAACUUCUAGUUUGUUAAAGCUAGACUUUAAUCCUUUUUUGCUGCCAAAAAGCCUGUGCUUUUUGCUAUUAGUGGGUUAUAACAUAUAGCCUAGAAGUGGCUCAACCAAUCAGAAUGCAGCAUUGAUAAUAGACCACUAGUUGGAGUUUACUAAAAAGAAUUAUCCGUGGGAUUUGAGCCAAUCAGAAACAGAAAUAUUGGAAUCGAUAAUAAGAAUAAAAAUAAGAACAAGAAGAAAUCAGGUGUGCUGAGAAGAAGGAGGUUAAUCUUUGGUUGAUCUUCUCCAGCUAUGUUAAAGUUGUGUUAUGUCAGCAUUUGUGAAAUGUUCUGAGACAUACAUAUACACUUUUUGUGAUUUACAACAUCAAGUUUUUUGCACCUAUAUUAUAUAUGUCUGUAUUGUGCAUUUGAUGCUGAAUUGGGAAGCCUUGAAUGAGAUACUGUAAGACCAAAUUAUUUCAAGUCCAAAUGAUUCUGAACUAGUUUGUGUUUUAUUUUGCUUAUUAUUAUAGUCUCAAUCUAGUAGUGAGUGCGCAUGCGAAUGAUGCAAGCAAGUACGUGGAUUGGUUAAAUUUAAAUUUAUUGAAACUCUGAUUGGAACACACAAGUAGUAUUUCUGUGAUAUUUGUCACACACAGACAUUUUGCCAUCCACAAAUUUCCCCUAAUUUCUGCUCACUUACAACUCAAUGACUUGUUUAACUUCUCAUGUGUUGUAGGCAGAACGCAAGACUGAUGGUACUCUGGCAGCUGCUAAAAUUAUUGAUGUUAAAGAUGAGAGUGAACUGGAUGACUUUAUGGUAGAAAUAGACAUUCUUAGUGAGUGCAAACAUAACCAUGUGGUGGGAAUGUAUGAAGCGUACUACCAUGAGAAUAAGCUGUGGGUAAGUAGCGCGGUCAAAGGUUUAGAACACUCCUUCAGUCAUGGUUUCUUAACUUUCAGCUCAGUUCAAACGUCGAACUUGUCAUGUGCCUGACCUAAUCCCUUUAAUUAAGUACAUGACGAGAUCAACGUUUGAAUCAAUUAAGUCCAUCAUGUGUAAUUUGGGUUGACUCAUGAGUUAAGAUCAAGUGGCCCACAUGAGAAUUUUGGCUAUAGAGCAACUUCAUUUCAAACGUCAAACUUCUCAUGUGCCGAACCCAAUGUAUAAAUUACUUGAUAAAAUUUAUUUUCUCUUGUAAGCGUUUUAGACCAUUGAACAUUGUGAAAGUUCGACGUCUGAAUCAACCGUUGAACUUGUAUCAUUUUGGUUGAUCUAAAUAGGUAUUACAUGUAAGCUCAUUACAUGAAAAGAUUGAUGUUUGAACUGGGCGUUAGUGAAACAGAAAGUCCAUCACCACUGCUGGAAAGAGUACCUCAAAAUCAGGAAAGCUGCCAUUUUGUAGAACAACAUGUUUGCUCCACAAAGUUACAAAAUUUUUCAGACUUUUUUGUUGGGUUGAGGGGGGGUAGAGAAUGUGUAACUUCUAUAUAGUUUAUAGAUGUUGACGAGCAUAAAUUAUGAGGAAAAGAGAGCUUAUGGGAUGUUCUGUUUUCAUAGAUGAUGUUGGAAUUUUGUUCUGGUGGUGCCUUAGAUGACCUAAUAUUAGGUAAGACUUAAACACAUGUUACAAUAAAUCAUAUAUAGGAUAAAAUGUAAAAAAAAAAUGUCUAGAUAAAAUAUUAUUUAAUGAUUUGAAUGGUUUUGUCCUUAUGCCUGUGUUAUGCCAGUUUAUAUGUAUCUCAUAAAUGGACAGAAUUAACUGUAUCGUUGGAUACCUACGUGUUUGUUUGGUGCAGCUCAGAAACAACAGUCCAAGAAUUUGUGUGCGAAAUGCAUGUAUGCAAUUUGUACAUGUAUAUAUGUGUUCAUCUUAGUGUGCGUGCAUCUCUGAUGCGUCUGAUUAGUAUGUAUUGGCUAGCCUACAGACCUCUUUCACAAUGGUAUGUCACCAGCAUGAGAAAAUGGAAAAGUUUCAAUUUUUUGUGUAUGUUUAUUCUUGUGCUUAUGCUUGCACUGCACUGGUUGACACAUUGUUUCUAUUUUUGUUGCUUAAAGCUGUAGGAGCCAUUUCUUCUGUCCAUAAGAAAAUUAAUUUUAGAUUACCUAUCCAAAACUUUGAAAUUGGCCACAACCACCAGUAAACAUUUUUUCCUUUGUGGGAAAACUAUUAUAUCUUUCUUCAAGCUAGUAAGCAAAGCCACUUGAAAACACUGACUGAGCUUGAUGGUAUUUCCUCUCUUUUGUCUCCCAGUCAUUUUGCUUCUUCUAAUGUUUUUCUCUUUCCAAUCAGUGAUCUUUUACUAAUGAUUUCAUUCUUGCAAGAAAUAGUUUCCUGAAUGGCAAAAUUAUUUUCAUUAUUUUCACAUGUUGUUCAAGGGUAGCCUGUUCCAGGCUCCGAGAUAGUCGGGUCCACUGAAUUGAGAAAGGGCAAACAAAAAUAUAAUGGGAGGAGACUGGGGAGAGCAGGGGCAGCGGAGCCUGUAAUCAUUUCUUUAAACGACCCAUUUGACAGAUUAUAUCAACACUCUCAAAGCGGGUCGUUUCAGUCACUCAGAAAGAUGGCGUGCAGCUCCCAUGCUUGUGAAAUAUGAGAUUUCCUGCACAUAGGAGCAGAGAGGAAGGAACCGAAGACCUGGCUUGUGAACUUGGCGUGAGGAAAAGAUGUUUUUGUAAUCCUGCCAACCGGCUUCAGUCUUGCCUGAUAACAAAACGGGUAAAAACAGAACAGUUGCAAGAAGGAGUUAUCUACGCACUGCAGUCCAGACUCGCAUUAUCUUUAGAUCUCUUUAGAAGAACAAGCUGGAGAAUCAAUCUUAAGAGCAAUCUUGACUGACUCACAACGUAGUUCUCCACAUUUAAAGAAGCUUCAGUUUAAGCUUUAGUUGUGUCAUGACCUCUCUGCAUGAAACAAGUGGCAAAAAUCACAUAGUUUGCUCAGUCAAAAUGUAGACCCUCCAGAGCAUAAUCUAACUGUAAGAGAAAAUAUUCAUUGGAACAAGCAGCAUUUUGGCACAGGGUAAAAGUCGUGUGUUGCCUACUGACCCGCUUUUUACACUCAAGUUGCUCACGGUUGUGUAAGGGAUUAGCGCCGUGUGAAAUAAUUUUGCGAGAAAUUUGAGAAAGAUUAUUUCAACAGUUUGGCAGCUGAAAUCUAAUUAUCUCAAACAUGCCAAAAGUGGGCAGAAGAGGGUUGUGAAAGAAAUGAUUGCUGGCUCUGUUCCCCUUCCUUUUUCCUUUUUCCUUUUUCCCACCCCACCAACUUUUCGCGUGCCUUUUUCUUUCUCGUCUUCCCCACUAUCUAAGAGCCUGGAACAGGCUAGUAGAAGGGUUAUGUUGUGGUUCAGCUUUAUCAUUGGUGUUAAGCUAUGUAUGUAGUUUUAAGCUAUGUAAUGUACGAUAAUGAGUUUGAAACAAAGGGAUAGAACAUUAUUAUAAAAACACAUGUAUUUGGAUGUAUGUGCCAUAUGCACAUCCAGGUCGUUAACCAUUAUGCUGCUAACUAGUCUUUUAUAUUUUGGUAGAACUUGAGCGGGGUCUCACAGAAGAACAAAUACGAAUUGUGUGUAAGCAAAUGUUUGAGGUAUGUCUCAGCUGUGUUGAAUAAUGCAUUUUUUGAUGGCAAGGUUUAUUAAAAUUCCAAACGCUCUGACAUUAAAUGGUUACAUUUGUAUUUGCUCCUUCAGUCAUUAUUUUACCUUGUGUUUAAAAGGGGUGCAUGGAAGAAAAGCUUAAUGGAGCUAUGUCACACUGUUUCCUAUCUUUUUAAAAAGCUGAAAUUUAUUUAGCAUCAAUUGAAUUCCAAAAAUAAUGGUUCAGUUUUGUUAUGUAUAUGACUUUAUAUGAAGGCACUGAAACUGUUUCCUGCUGUCUGUGGCAACAGAUGGCAAGAAUGGACAUGGACUGAAACUUGAAAAAGCCGGGCCGACAUUUUCAAGUUUACAUGCUUUACCUGCAAAAAUAACCAAAAACAGUGUUGUGGUUGAUGCUUCCCAAUUCUACAGGAGCAUUUUGUGUUCGGGUAAAGGUGUUGGUAAUGACUUCAGUGCAGAAUUGAACUUAAAGAAGAUUAUCCUUCUGACAAUUAGGCCCUGUAAUUUAUUUCUAUUUAAAUGGCUGCUCUUUGGCAGUUAGCAGUUUGCUUGCCAAGGUAAGUAGAAAAACAAUUUGGCAAUUAAAAUUGCAACAAAGCAGCCCUGGCUCUGUAUUUACUUUGGCAAGCUGUUUUUUCUUAGACGUGUUAUGGUCUUUGUUAAGUUAAAGUGGGUCAGUCAUUUGGAUAAAAAGUCAUUUACACUCCAGUUUUGAAUAACAAUAUUUGCCCCUUUCCUCCUGGUUCUCUGGGUAUUCAAGUAAGAAUGGUUGCCGUAAAGUUGGUUAGCGAUUUUGAUUAUAUCAAAACAGAACUGCAACUGCUGCAACUCUAAAACAACCCAUGUUUUAUUGCAUUAAGUUCCCUUUUUUCUAGCCACAUCCAUUUGUUUUGUGAACUUUGUGUGGUUUUGUUUCCCUUUUUGUAGUGUCUUCACUUUCUACACACCCAUAAAGUUAUCCACAGAGAUUUAAAAGCUGGGAAUUUGCUGCUCACAAAUGACGGGCACAUUAAACUUGGUACAGUAUCUGAUGAAUUUUGUUUAAAUAAGGUUAUUUUUAGUUGCGGGCGACAAGAGGAGCCCGCAAACCUAUUCUCCAGGAAUGUGCAUUAGUCAGAACGCAAUUUGAUCACGUGCGUUUUGAUCAUCUAUCAUGUAAAACUUAUGCAAAGCACAGCAUUGCGGCAAAAGCGUUUGGACCUUUGAACGUUGUCGCCCACACUCCCUUAACCUUUGGUUAUUUCUAGUAUAAAUCUCUUUUUUUUUUUAUUCCAUAUACCAAAGGUGAGAGAGAGUUGAUGAUUAAUAACAAUCUUAAGUGAUUAACCCUACUGGAUGUUAUUAAUAAUAGCCAUAAUGACUCCUUUAAAAAAACAAGUAAUUUGCUCUAAAGGGAAAGGUAAUGUACACUCUAUUUAUUGGAUUGUGUUUUAGAUUUUACCUCUAGGAUUUCUAUUGAGUUUUGUCAAAAUGCAAAUGAGUGGUCAUUUCAAAGAUUCCCUUCACUACCAGUUUAAAUAUUACAUGUACCUCUUAGUUUAAUGGUGGUGAUGAAUACAUGAUGAGCUUCCUUUGUGUGCUAUUGUUAUGCCUACAUAUUUCUGUCAGGCUUUUAUGAUCCUCAUCAGAUCAUUAAAGAGAUGCCCAAAAUUUUUACACAAUUAUGUCUAAACGCUUUGGGGUUAGUAAAGGAAAUAGGGGAUGGGGAUCUUGUACUUAUGCAUUUUAAACCUCUCAGGGAAUGCUUUAGCCUUAGCUUCUUAUUUUGUUUGCCUCAUUGCUUCAUGUUCUAUUGCAUUCCAUGUCCUUAACAUGAACUAAAACCUUACGGCCAAUAUUAUGCCAUACUGCCUUACAGGCUAAAGUAAGAGGGUAUAAAGAAGCAUUUUCCGGAAAUCAUUUGUGCCUUUGGUUGUUAUGUUGUAGCUGACUUUGGGGUUUCUGCCAAGAAUAAGAAAACUGUACAAAGAAGAACAACUUUUAUUGGAACACCGUACUGGUGAGUUAGAAUAGAUGCUUUAUUUAGGACUCAGAAUUGCUCUUUCAAAUGUUUCCAAAAUAUAAUGUUGUAUGGUGCAUUUAAAUUUUCAGGUCAAUUUAGGUUUCUGGGAAUCUGCCUGCCUACCUAAGCAUGCAAAGAAAUUCGUGUCCGAUAGCUGGGGGCUAGUGAAUUUUGCUAUUGGGCUAGUCAUUUUGGUUCUUGACUUGCCCGACGGGCAAGUGCUGUUUUUUGGGGAAAUUCAAAUUACAGAAGGAUUUUAAUCAAUCCUGCUAAUCAAAAAUGGUUUUGGGGCUAGUUGAAAUGACUUGUGGGCUAGUACAUGCUAGCUACAGCUUGCCUGAAUUGCAGGCUGUAAAACUGACUUUCUUUGCACCCUGCUACAUCUCCCCUAAACCUCCCCUCCCCUAAACCAACAUUUUGCCCUAAGUGAGAAGUACAAUGUAAGUGUCAAUGUUGGCGUAGGGGAAGGAUAGACGGGCAGGUCUCCAGAAACCUAAACUGAUCCAAUUUUUCUUGACUAGCUAGGCAUUGUUAUUUAUAAAGACUGAAUCAUUGGAGGUAGUUUAUGAGAUUCAAUAUCCAAUAUGCAAUAUCUUAAGAACUGAAAUUACAAUGUAAUAACCAUAUGUUAGGCCAAAAUGUUUUAUUGGCUGGUAUUUCUUUGAAGUAACACUUAUUGAUUGUAUGUUAUUUUUUAGGAUGGCUCCUGAAGUUAUUGUCACGGAGACAUGCAAGGAUGAUCCAUAUGAUUACAAAGUUAGUAGAUAUACAUCAUGAAGUUAUAUGCUACAUAUAUGAAUAUUCCAUACAGAGUUUAGGGUAACUGUAAAUAUUUGGACUCGCUUAAAUGUGAAAGGUCAAAUGAAAAAGAAAGGGGGAAAAGUCAAGACUUAAUUUAUCUUUAUUUCUGUAUGUCCUGUAUGGUUUUGCAAAAACAACUUUAUAUUAAUGGUAAGAAAAUGCUUGCUACUCGGCCUCAUCUCCUUACUUACUUAAUUGACGUGUCCAUUUAGUUUGCUAUUUAACACACUUUUUCUUUGGGUUGUUUUCCUGCUCAUAUAACUUUUCGGUGACUGUGCUCACAUUGUGGGUGGCUCCUCCUAAAAUGUUCUACAAUUGGUAUAGGAUUUAAUGGAGCCGAAACCAAUUGUGGAAUUGCACACAUUUUUGGCCUCCUAAUGAUGAACAGUUACGCCUUUAGUUUCAAGCAACAAUAAUUUGCCAUCUGUCCUCUUUGAAUUCUUAAAAUCUAUGUGAUAAAUUCACUGACUAUAAAAAGUCUUUUUUUGUCAACUUAGUGUAUAUGCUGUUCUAUUUCUUUGCCAUCAUUGCUUUGUAAUUUUUUAUGUUUAUUAUUCAGGUUGUAAUAAUCAUUAGUUGUAUGCUCUACAUUUUGUUUAAUAUUAGCUGUUAUAUUUUGCACACUAUUGUAUCCCUCGUGGGUUUAAGUCAAAGCCACUAGCGGGUUCUAUUACUUGUACUAGAAGUGGAUGAGGUUUCAUUAUUUACAUUGAUACAGUAAAUAGAGAGUUGUCCCCUUUUGUAAUUUAAAUCUUAGAUAUACUGAUGUAGUUGAUAUGUUUUUUUGACAGGCUGAUAUUUGGUCUGCUGGCAUUACACUGAUAGAACUGGCAGAGAUGCAGCCUCCAUACCAUGACAUGCAUCCCAUGAGAGUGUUAUUUAAAAUACCUAAAGCUGAUCCUCCUCUGCUGCAGUUUAAAAACAGAUGGUAAGUUGUUGAUUCUUGAUGCAUGUUAACUAAAAGGAACUUUACCAGACGCAUUGCAUUCGGGAGUAAAUUGGCAACUUUUAAUGUAAUGUGAAACUGCAGUGGACCAGCCUCAUCCAAGGUGGACUGCAACACGUUGGCCAUUUGCUUAUUUGGCGGCACCAUCCUUUACCACUUGUAGCAUCGUAAGCAUUAACCUGAGUUAGAAGAAGCAGCGCUUCAAAGUAUGUCCAACAUAUCUCGCCAGUGAAUUGUAGCAGAUGGAUUUGUCAGUCCAAAAGGCGUCAUCAAAAUUUCAAGGUCAAAGGGAGUGGCCAUUAUAGUGUGAUUGUACAGCGGAACCCCGCCUUAAGACUACCCUGUGUACACGACCACCUUUUAAUCACGACUACAAUUUAUUGACCCAAAUGUAAGAAACACUGGGCAUUAUUAAUUUGAAGAUUCCGUUAAUACGACAAUCUCGGUAUUACGAGCACGAUUUUAUGGCCCAACAGUGGUCGCAUUAACCGGGUUUCACUGUAUAAGCUAUUGUGAUCUAGGGACCAUUGCUCAUAAUCAGUUCGACAAAGAGCCUAAAAAACCCCAAACUUUUGUUUGAAAAACAGCAGGAGAUGUAGAUCUAUCGUUUAUGGGGUACUGGAAAUCGACCCCGUGAGAUUUUACGCGGUGCAUGAGCAGACAUUUUUCGCCAGUGAAACUUAUACCACAGGUGAAAAAACCUAAAAGGGAACAAAAGAAACUCUCGUUAUUUACAGGCGCCCAUAUAGGUAUAAGCCAUGCAGGAUUACGAAUCUGUUUGGGUAGAAAGAAUGUCCUAGUAACUCAUAGCGAUAUGUUGACUGGUGUUUCAGAUUUUGCACAAUCGUCUAGCUGGAUUUUUGAAAACGUUACUGCCGAAAAAACUGUCUCCAAAGUAGCCAAUAUCAAUACUAAGAGUACAACAACUGCUUCGGUUUUUCUUCUUUUUUGUUUCUCCUCGCUCUUUCUGCUUUCCCCCUAAAAGAAAACGGCUUUUUGAGAGCGUGCCUAGCGAAAUUUGCAGCCAUUUGAGUGAAAAAGGACCAAAAUGCAGGGGCUUUUGCGUCCAAAAAGCCCAAAAAUAACAGCAGCAAAGGAAAAGGAAAGGAAAGAUAUAGGAAAUAGUGAGCAGGAGGGAUGGAGGAGAAGAGGAAAAAGGCAAUAAUGACACUCUUAGUUUCUACGUUGGUUACUCUGAAAACAAAUGCUUUUUGGCGGUAAAGUUUUAAAAAAUCCAGCUAGAUGUAUAUUAUCGGCAACUGUUAAGAAGAAUACAGAAAUACAGUUCAACAGCACAGGUCAAACAUGCUCAAUGAACACGAGCGCAGUUUUCACAUUGCAAACAAAAAGGGGAUAGUUGUGAUAAGAAGACGGCUUAAAUAGCUUGAAAUUGUGGAAUUAAGUUAGUGACCCUCUUCUUUAGGUUAAAGCUGUAUUGGCCCAAAAGUUGUCUGACGGAUGUCGUUUAUUUAUUCAACAGGUCUAAUGACUUUCAUGAUUUUCUCUCUCGUUGUGUUGUGAAAUCUGCAGAAAUGCGAUCAUCAGCUGCUGAACUUCUUGAGGUAGGAUGAGACGCUUUUACUUUGUAGUGUAGCAUGUUCUGAGAAGAAUAAAAGAUAGACUAAGGACAAGUGGAGGCUAAGGCCUGGUUCAGACGCCGUACUUUUCAUGUGCCGAACCUAACUGAAUAAAACUGUGAAAGGUUGUCGAAACGUCAGUCACUGUCAACAACAACAGUCCUAUUCAGGACUACGUUCACCCGGACGAUCAAACUCAACCUUUUCUAACGGAAUAAGUUCGACUUUGGAGCGACACUGGCGCGACAUCUGAUUCAGGCGGCGUACCGUGUGUCGAAUCUAAGUUAAGUUCGACAAAAGUUCGACAGACUCUGUCGAACUUAACGCUUUUGCCGCACCAAACUAAAACUGCCGUACCAAAUUGAUUCAGACGCCGCUCUUUUGCCGUACUUAAUUCAUCAGUUAGGUUCGGCACAUGAGUGGAGCGGCGUCUGAACCGGGCCUAAGUCACUGCUAUUGUUUAAGUGUGAUCAGCCUUCGUGGCAGGCGCGCGAGGCAGGCGUUCAACUAGCAAGGGAGAACUUAGACAUGCGAGAACUCGAUGGGUGCCUUCUCUUUCCUUCUUGCGCCCUUCGCUUUUGCCCGCACCUGAAUGGUAAUCGGUCAAGUCACCCGAUUGAAAGUCAGGAUUCGGUUUACUCGACGUUGACCGAGAUGGGGUUAUGUUGCCCGCGUGGUAUUCUUUGGUGCUCAGCUGUUGCGGCACUCUACUUGUCUUUCUGAAAGCAUGAAAAGAAGGAAACAAUGUAAGGCUAAAAAGCUGCCACAAUGGUAUACCAACAGCUUCAAAUUAAUUUUGGGCGAGAUGAAUUUCAGUCAAGGUAACCUUGUCGUGCUCAGAAUCAAUUAUGGUAAGGUUAGGUAAUUCAAAUUCUUUCAGUCUUCGGACGAAAUCACGGGCUAGGCCCAUUAAGAUGGUAUAUCGUUGGCUUUGCCUGCGUAACAAGCGUAUCCAAUCGAGUUAUUGCGCUAAAGUUGGAGCAAACAAAAGACUGAAUGGAGAAAGUCGUCCCAACUUUCUCGACGAACUAGCGCGGAAACGCAUACUAUGCAAGCUAUCCGUUAAUGCAGUGGUGACAUAUUUUUAUCCAUUACUGCAGGAAUAAAAUUUUGGGUUUAAUGAAACUCUAGAUGUGUAAUUAUUUUAUCUGAAUCACUGUUUUGUCGCCUUUCUUCAGCAUCUAUUUACUGAAUUGGGCUGGAUGUUUAUUAUAUGAAUUACCUUUCUGUGUUCACCUCUUCUUUAGCAUCCUUUCAUUACCGGUGUUGUUGAUGGCAAACCAUUGAAAGAACUUUACAAUGAAGCCAAGGCCAUUGUGAUUGAAGAACUCGAGGAUCUUCCAGAGGAUGAAGAGGUGAUUUUGGUUCUAGCGAACAUUAAAAUGUUCCAACAAAUAUUGUGGUUCGAUAACGUUGUUUAAAUUUUUCCGUUUAUUUUUGGGCAUGAUAAUGUAUAACAAUCAGCUUGAAAUAAAGGGAAAUAAAUCUUUGAAAUGAAAGGAAAUAAAUCUAAUCCCUCUCUAGUCGCAUCCAAUUUGAGGCACGGAUUUCGUUUCAAACAGUCACUUCGAAAUGAGACAGUUUCACCAAGUAGUUUUACUCAGAUUCUUUUUUCCAGGAAAAUCAAGAAAAUUCAUACCUUAGUGCCCUCGUACGUUAUGCUCUAUGAGGAGGUUUCCUUAAGUUAGCGUUAUGAUACCUUUGUUGGUUAAAUAGGGAUUUUCCGUCAUUUUGUGUCUAAAUUUCCUUUUUAGUUUGGCCCGCAAUAGAGAAGAGAGAUGGGGCGAUAUCACAAAUCUAAAUUUGGGAAAUAAUGGGAUACUGGCAUAUCCAGAAAGAACAAGAUGAAAUAUGUUUACUUGACAAAAAUGAGCCUGUUAGUACAAAUUAGCUUGGGGAUGUAAGCACUGUUAUGACUGAUGACUCCCUUUAAAUCCUUCUAAAAUUGGCUUGGAUCGUACGUUACUACUGAUCCAAAAACAGUCGCCGCUACAACUAAACUGAGGACAACAAAAAACACAGCAAGUACAAAGGGUAGUCUCCCUCGCAGCCGUUUUAGUGUCGUCACGCAAUGCUUCUGUGGGGAGGAGCGUUGCGUGACGACACUAAAUGGGGAGCAUGGAUGGAUUAACUUGAAAAAGUCUGAAAGGGAUUGCAAUUGUUGUGGUUUUUUUAAAACUUCUUAGCCUAACAAUUUUUUAAAGUUCAUUUUUUUAACGUUUGAUGAAAUGCUUGGGAGACAGCAUUUGUUGGACACGAAGCUGUGGUUAUGUCAUUCACAAGUAAUUUCCCAAGUUCAAUAGCGACCAAGGACGCGUAUUUAGCACUAUUAGAGACCUAAGAUUCGAUGACGAGAACGACUACGGGUACGAGAUUUGAUUUAAAGUAAAAACUAGACACGCCGGAAUGUUCCAUUGUACUUUUUUCACCAGAAAUGUUAGCACUGUUAUCUUUAUUGGGGGAGUUUAAACCCUCUCCCGAUAGAAAAAUAAUAAAUCUUCUAACAUUUGAUAACUUUUUCCCGCCACUACGACAUUCUCGCUAAAACUCGUAGUUAAAUGCCGACGGCUAUCUCGUUUUCCCGCCAAAAUAACGCAGGAUUGACGCGCAUGCACUACUUAAUGCUAGUCGUCCUCGUCUUGUAAUUUAAAGGUCUCCAUUUAAAUUUUAGUCAGCCAUGACACGGCCCCAUUAAGUCAGUAUUUUGUUUUUAUGUAUGUAGAAAGAGAAGGACGAGUUGAAGGCUGCAGAAUCCACUGAAUCGUUGGACGAGAGUGAGGAAUGGAGCAACGAAGUAGAUGAGGAAGGGAAGGAAGUGGAAGAAUCGACAGAGAAUGAGAGAGAAAUUGAGAAAGAAAAGGAAACAGAAGAACCAACCAAAAUUGAAGAGGAAAACAAGGAGGAAGAUUUAGAAGAAAGAAAAGAAGAGGGGAAAAUGGAAAAAGAAAAGGAACAUAAAGAGGAACUGGAUGAGAGAAAAGAGGAAGAACCGCAAAAAGAAGGAGAAGUAAAAGAAAAGGAACAAAUAGAAGAAGUGGAAGAGAAAAAAGAGGAUGAACAACAAAAAGAAGGAGAAGGGAAAGAAAAGGAACAGGGAGAAGAAGUGGAAGAGAGAGAAGGGAAUGAACAGCAGAAAGGAGAAGAAAUGAAAGAAAGGGAAGUCGAGGAGAAUAAGGAACUCUUGGACGAACAGAAGGUAGAAGAGGCCGAGCAAAAGGUGAACGAGAUAGAGAAUAAAGAAUGGAGAGAAGGAAAUGUGGAAGGGGAACAAGUAGGAGGUGCUGAAGAGGAUAAAAAAGAAGAUGAAGGCAAAGCUGAAGAAAAUGAGGAACAAAAGGAAGGAACAGAAGAGGAGAAUCAGGUCAGCGAAACAACGAGUAAGGAAGGAGUUGUUGAGAUUAAAGAAGCUGGAGAUGAAGCUCAGGAAGUGGGAGACAAGAAGGGAGAAGAAGAGAAUGAGGAAGAUAAUAAAGAGGCUGUAAGAGAAGAUACGGAAAAGGAGGAAGAAUUGGAGAAAGAAGAAUUGGAAAACAAACAAGCCGAGGACAUGACACCAGAGCAAGUGGUGAUUGGAACUGAAGAGGAACAAAAGAAAAUAAGGAUAAAAAAGAGGAUAAAAACGAAGAAGCACAGGUACAGAAGGAUAAGUACUCCACACGGCUAGAUAAUAUUUUAGACCAGUUAGAAGAUGAUGAGCAAGAACAGACACUACCAAAUAAAGAAGAAGAAACGAGUACACAAGUUCAGGAAGAAAGAGAACAGGAGGGAUCGGAAGAAGCUGAAGUGACGAGCAAUAAGGACGAAGUGGAAGAAAAAAGUGACAAGAUCGAGGAAAAUAGGGAGGAGAAAAAAGAUGAAAAUAAAAAUGAGGAUAAAAAUGAUGAAGUGUUUGAUGAAAACCAAAAAGCGCCCAUACCAAAUGGCGAUGUGUUCGUCCCAGCGAUAAAGAAGGAACCGCCAAGUCCUUCUGUGAACAAAAAAGAAACCACUGAUGUAAGUACUAUUACUUUGUUUCAGACCAAGGGGUUCUUGAAUUCCAGCUCGUGCUUUGGACAAGCACCUCUUGCAAGUAAGCUUUAAAAGUUUCUUGCCCAGCAAGAAAAUUUGCUUACCCUGGACUACUGCGUGGAAGGGACUUUUCUCGAGUCAUGUGGGGGUUAGUCCUUAUAAAUGUAGGUCGUUUCGCCUACACUGAGGUCGAUUCACCCACACGAUCUUAGUUGCUCCAAAGCUUACUCCUAUUUAUACAACACCAUUACGUGUAUAAACUUCGGUGUCUUUAAAACAACUGUAAUAGAUCAUGUAGGCGAAUCGACUUGCAAGCGAAACGAACGGUUUUCUUGUGGAUUAGCAACACAAGACCCAAAUAGUUGGGAACAGAGUGCACCAAGUUUUACAAAAUCCCAUUGUCUCCAGUUAAACCUCGCCUAAAUUAUAUUUCGAAUAAUACUCAGCUGUCAUUUCUCAUACCUAACUUUAAUUUGAUGAAUAUUUAGUAACUUUAGUUCUAACUCAAGCCAGUGCCGGUAGAAGAUUCUUUUUAACUGAUUGUUUUUUACUUUCGUUAUCAGGGCGCUGAGGAAGAGAAAAGUUACAAAACACUGAAAAGAACUCGUAAAUUUGAAAAAGAUGGCAAGAUAGUCACAGAAACAACUUCAAGAGUUGUAGAUGUGAGUCAAGAGGAUUACAGGAAUGCUUUGAUGAAAGAACAACAGCAAAGGUAACAAAAAAGUAUCUUAUAUCAGCGUGUUAUAGUCAGAAACUCGUAAGGGGUUGAAGUGUGUAACUCGCGUUCAAUGCUCGUGAAUAUUCAUUUUUUCUAAGUACCAUAUCUGGAAACCCUCGCUGCGGCCUUUGCAAAAGGUUAAACAACAACUUUGCACGUGUAUCACGCCCUUUGUACAUUUCUUUGCCGUCACUGCCCGCGGACCUUUACUGGAGGGCGAAAACACAAUGCAACGAUUUUCUCUUUCUCUUCCUGAACUUCGAUACAGUCUUUAGACGAACUUAACGAGAUGGAAGAAGCGCAAAAAAGUUUAAAGCAGCGCGAAUACACGUUUUAAGUCGUUGUUGCUUGAGUUCUCUCAGGUUCCCUCCCAAGAACGCUGAGUAAAAUUAUGUCGCGUCUUUUACGAAAAUGAAAAUUUACGAACAUCAUCCUCCUUGCGAUUUUCUGUUAUAGUGCCAUUUAUAAGGUUGUACUAGGUAGCUCUACCUACAGUAUAAUUAAAUCAGGCGGAAAGAUCUGUUUCAGCUCUAAAAAUGAGUCGAAUACAGUCCGAUUGUUGAUUCUAAUUUGGCUCUCUUAAUCAGGGCCAAUACAAUCUAAUUACUCAGGGCUUAAAUGGGUCCCAGCUUGGGCUGGAAUAGGCUUUUGAUGGGCUGUUUUGGCUUAAAUUGUGCUCAAAUGGCUCCACUAGAGGCUGAAUCAGACUUUGGCCUGUAGGGCUGGAUUGGCACUUUGGGGCUGAAACUGAUCUUUUUAAUUUUAAGUGUAGCUGGACUAUUUGGGGCGUCCUGAGUCCUGACGAGCAAAAACAAACAUCUUUUCAAGCUAACGAGCUGUUCUUUUGUGUGGUGUGGUUUAUGUUAUAGUACCAGCCCACACAAGUUGAAGAAAACUCAACUUGUCACCAAACAAAUAAAAACGAGCAUGUCAUUUUAGUCCGUUUGAGUCGUAUCGAGAUUGAACAAAAUGAAAAUUUAACUGAUCAAAUUUUAAACAACUAGCGUCUAUGUAUUUUGACAUUGACGCUAUUAAAAAGUCACUCAAGUGUAUUAUAAUAAUGUACUGUGUAGAAUUUUUAUAGUUGUAAAUAAGUCGAAUUCCUAUAAUAAGCGUUAUUGUGAUUAGUUAAGAAGUUUAAUUUUAUUGUUUGUAUACGACCACAUCAGCUUUGCUGAAUUUUCAAUCGUGUUUAAAUAAAUGCUGUUGUUAUUAUUAUUAUUAUUAUUAUUAUUAUUAUUAUUGCAUUUCAGGAAAGUGAAUUUACGUGAAUUGAAGAUCCUGCAGCGCGAAGAACAAAAGCAAGGGAUGCUGCUUAUGGCGAAGAUACGCCGCCAGUGGGAAUCUCAAGAACAGCGAUUUGAGCAAGAGUUACAGGUGACUGAUCUAAUCCUGGUUACAACAUGCUACUGACCAGUUUAAUGCACUGUACUUACUAUGGAUUGUUAUCCUUAAAAAAAACUCUAUUUGAGUGUCAAUGUAUUUAGCACAAAAGUGCUAAUUGAGGACUCUAUUUUAACGUCUCCUACUGGAGACGGGACCGCUAUUUUACGAGGUCAGCCGAAUCACGCGAAGGUCUAGCCAUUUGUAGGGCAAAGGCAGUACCUUCAUUUCUCAGUUAUUUUAAGACCCUGAGUAUUGGUCCAACCCCUGGAAUCGAACCUGGGACCCCCCGUUCUGCAGUCAAGCGCCCUCCUGACUGAGAUAAUCCUGUCUAAAUUAUUGAUCUUUUACUUUUUUAAUCAGAUCCAGUCUAAUUUAGUCGCUUUGCCCUUUCCUAGUGAGUUAUCUCUUAACGCCUCGUGUACCAGGCAGUCCCAUAGUAUGACAUACAACCCUUUACCCGCUUUUGUUGAUGCCUACAAGUAUUCUUUUUUUCCCCGAUGUAUACUUGUGUGGAACAGUCUUCCAUCUACAGUUACGGCUCCGUCUUUGCCCGUGUUUAAGUCCACAGCCAAAACCUAUCUGUCAUCACCUACAGCCAAAUUAUGCCAGCCAUUGCCAUGAUUAGCCUAUGCUAUUGGCAAUUAAUCGAUUGAAGAUAUACCUUGUCAGUAACUGUGGUCAAAUUCUGAGUGGCUCCUCCUGAAAUGUUCUACAAUUCGUCUAGGAUAUAAUGGAGCCAAAGCCAAUUGUGUAAAUGAAAGCAGAUGUAGACAUUUCCAGCAACAACAAUUUGCUGUUUGUCCCAUAGAACAAUGUAAUAAAUCUGAUUUUUAAUCGCGUAACGGCGUUCCUUUAGUAACUGUUAAAUUCUUGAGGGUAGUAAGUUUUUUGGUCGAAGGGUGGUAACACGAAAACAAAUAUGCGUAAUUGACCCGUCGUGAGGUCAAUCGGCCAAGUUCUUUUUUGGGCGAUUCAAGGUCAAUUUUCAGCCAUCUUGACCGAAUAAGUUUGGUAAUAAUUAAGUAAACCACAGUUGUGAUUUUUCCUUUCACAGGAUUUAGACAGGAAGUACGAUGUGGAUUUGGACAAUUUAAGUAGAAAUCAGAAAAAAGAAAUCGAAAAACUCGAAGUGACACAGAAUGCAGAUCUACGAACCUCAUCGCGCAAGAUGAAACAGGAUCAGGUGAGAUUCAGCUGAGGUCAGGUCGGGAAAAAUGUUAAGACAGUUUAAAUUUUCUUGUGUAACCAUUCAAGUUAUUGCCUCUUCUGAAAAUCUAUUGCACAAUGAACACGUCUGUACAAAUAAAGGUUGCGAGAACUUUGAUGGUUUUAAAGGGUAAAGUGUAAUCAAGAGUAAGUUAGGGAUGAACCUCUAUUUAAAAAAUGCCCGACCCCGCCUUGAAGACAUCUUGGAUUUUGAUUGGUUCUGCAUUAUAAGGGAACCAUGAAAGUUGUCGUGACAAAUGGUUUCCGUAAGCCAAUAGUUAAAACGAUCAACAUGGACUCGUUGUCUUCCCGCCAAAGAAAUCCUUUCGUUUGUUAAGGUGUAAAGAGAAAAGUUCGAUUUUUUUUGAAAUGGGAAUACGUUACGUGUACGCUAAACCAACCAAACGCGGCGCGCAUUUAGUUAGUCCGCUCGCUUUACCAUUAACCUGCGGGUGACGAACCCUUCUUAACGCCUGCGUGGGAGGGAGGCUACUCUACCAUUCUAUUGCGUAAAUUCUUGUUCCUUUGUAACCUUGUUCCCAGGGUCCUUUCCUACUCGUCCUCCGAGGGACGAGCAGGAAAGGAUCCUGAAGAUCCUGAACACUCUUAAGCGGGAGAGUAAAUUGUCGGAGACUGGAAUUUUCAAAUUUCUUAUUUCAUGCGUUUUUUCUAAGCGGAGGCACCGUGGCCUGUGCCGCAGACUUAAACUAACCCCAGUUAGUGAUGUCUGCGAAGCAGAGGCGAUAUCCUUGUUGUUGGCCCCCAGCGGACUCAGUGAAUUGCCGAAAGUGCGUUUCGAAUUUCUCUUUAACCUGAUUGGCAAAUUGACAAUGGCUCAUUUAACGGGCCAAUCGUGGCGCGUAAUCAAAUCCUAUUACACAGGUGUGGGCCCGGAAGAAGGAUAUCGGCACUGUUGCGCAGACGGACUUUUAAGACGUUUAGUUCCUUCCUGUGGUGCAGGCUAAGGCGUGGCGGUGUCGUAGUUAACACUGCUGGACUAGCCAGCAAGCAAGCUCUCAUGGCCUUGGUUUUUCAAACAGUUAAUAGCGCUAGCGUUACUCCAAACUGUCUCUCUCUACCCAGGUACGUUUGUGGGACGGAGAUAGAAGACUAAAUCUCAUCAUCAUGAGUUUUCUAGACGAAAUGUUUAUCCACAUAUAUCUAUUCUUAUUGCAGGAGAAAGAACUUAAACGUUUUAGAGACAGCCUAAGAGAAGAGCAAAAAGGAGCUAAGAAGGAGGUUUGUUGACUGUAGUUUGCUUUUCAGGUCAAGUAAACUGUUCAGUACUUAUACACUAAGUGAAUUAAGAAACAUUAGCCUAGUUCAUUUUGGUGAAAAACAUGUAGUUACAACGUGGGGACAAAAUACGAACUCAAGAACAUAAACUGCUUGAACUGUAAGGCUUUGAAAAGCUUUGAGAAGUGAAUAUUACACAUUCAUUUUUCAAGAAAUGUUCAUUGCAUAUCCAGCAGAGCAGACGAACGACAAGAGAAAGCAUAACGAUACAUCUAAGAGUGAUCAGCAUAAAAUUUCUCCCUGCAAUAUCAAAGCUUAAUAAAACAGUGUGGUCAUGAGAAUUGAGGGCGUGAUCACAGAAGAUGAAUCUCAUUGAUACUUCAACAAAUUUUCUCCACUACUUCUAUUAAAAACGUAUAAGGACAACAAAUAAGAAUUUGAAUUUUGUUACUAGGUGUUUAAGGGUUAAAAACGUUUUUUCUCUGAUUUUAAAGAUGGAUCAGCUACCGCGAAAUCAGAGAAAGGAGUCUUGGAGAAAGAGGAAAGAAGAACUCGAAGUCUCACAACGCCAAGCAGUAAGUGAUAUUAUUUUCAACUGGUUGCUUUCCUUUCCCCCUUUUUACUGAAAACGACAGCAAGAAAUGAUAACUACUUCAGUAAGUAAUAAAUUUUAUUAUUAUUCAUUCAAAAUAUUUCCCCGAUUCUGACUGGCUAAAAGCACACGUUUAAUUCACCAUAACCAGUUUCUGAUGACCAUAUUUGGAAGAAUUUUGUGUUUAGCGAGGAAAUGACGUCAAAAGUGCAGCGUUCUUGUAGGGUUAAGGCACCGUUAACGGAGAAGACCUGGGAACGAGGUUGAGUUGUUUUGGUUGUGAACAUGAAAAAUGGAGGACAUUUCACUCGUUUCAAGAGUAAGAACUAGGCGAAAAAAUAGCUAAAAACACCGCAAGAACAGCAAGAAGACAACUCGAAGGGCAACAUCUGCUAUUUGGGGAAUAUUUGCGGAGCUGUACAACCCUAAACGUGCACUAUCGAAGAUGAACUUAACAUCGAUGCAUCGAUGGAGGUAAGCAUGUUUUAGCCAUGUUUUUAAACUAGGAAUUAUUUUGAAUGAAUAAUAAAACAAUUAUUGAAUUCGGCUUUCAUAUCAUAUGAAGAAUUAUGGAGAUAUCGGAGGCGUUAUCCGUCGAGGCUGUAACACCCUUCUCGAUCUCCAUAAUUCUUCAUAAGAUACUCGGCCUCAUUCAUUAAUUGUUAAAUAAAUGAUGAUUUAGAGGCAAUACAACCGCACAUAGUGGCUCUCCGUCUUCCACUUCAAAUCGGUUACUGGAAUUUCGCUUGCCAAUACAGCCGCCUUUUAUCGCUUCCUUGGACGUUUCACGAGUGCCUGUGCCUGUACCUGCCUGUACCACAAACAAACAAACUAAAAAAAUCCUUCUCGCAUACUUAGUGGUAUACAGCAAGAACGCUCAGUUGUGGCUAUAUUGAAAUAUUUCUUCGUUUAUUUCCCGUGCUGAACAGGAGCACGAGUUUCUGGCCAUGCAGCGGGUGGAGUUUGAGAAGUUCUGUAAGGAAUUAAUAGACCUACAUCGUGAGCGGAUGUACAACUUAGAAAUGCAGUUCCUUCAGGAUAAACACAAGCUCAAGAGAGGUUUGUAUGCUCCCUUGAUAUCCACAGUGAACCCCUUCUAAGCGCGGACACCAUUAAUAUUUUAAUCUUCAAUGAGGAAGCCAACUUUACUAAGUGGUUUAUAGAGGGGUCCUCUUAUAAGACUGAACCAUGAAGCUGAAAAUAAUUGAAUUUACUGGUAGGACCAGUAGCAAGUGCCUGCCCCAUAGAGUAUACUAUAGAGACCAACGCUUGGUGCCCGUUUAAACGUUUCACUACCAAUAAUGGCCAAUGCAAAAAAUUCUCAAAAAUUCCUAAUUUUUUUGUACAUUGUAAAGAAAUAUGUAGAACCGUACAAAAGUUCUGCCAAUGAGGUUUCGUUUGAAGGCACUGUAAAUAAAACAAAACUGUUUUAGCCCUUAAACUUCGCUCCCUUAAUCAAGGCGAAUUUUAGUCCAAUUUGGACCCAUGGACUGAAAUGAGUCCCAGCGUGCGAUGGAUCAGGAAUUUGAUGUGGCUGCAGUUUUGACUUAAAAUUGCGAUCAAAAGGCUCCAAGAGAGGCUGAGUCAGUCGUGCAGUGCUAAACUGGCACUUUGGGACUGAAACAGGUCUUCUUAAUUUAUAGUGUGGUAAUACCAUAAACUUUCGUCCACAGAUUUAAAAGUUAUAGUGACAAAUUAUCCCGCUAUAACUUGGUUCAGGAGUGAAGUGGUUAAGGUUUUAGAGAGGUGUCAAUCUUAUUGAGACGUUCGUUUAACGAGAGUCUACAGUAUCUAUUACUGAAUUGACACCAACUGUUCUUCAUUUUGGUUUUGGAGUAUUUUCUAGCCUGUUCACCGUCCCCUAUUCUUUCUAAGAUAGUUGAGAUCGAGCAUUUUGCGUUAGGGGGGUGGGGCAUCUUGGUUUAAAUGCACCGAGGGGGUGGGCCCUAGGGUUUUUAGCGAUGGGUGGAGGGAGGUGAGAAAAAUUUUUGCGCCUUAUUCCAAACCGUCCACCGCCCGGAAAUAGACUAUUCACCUUAAGCAUUCCGUGUCAUUUUCUGUCGACACACAGUCAAGGUAAAGAGAUGUACUGUUCAGUUGCCCAUCCCAGUUUGGUGUCUAUUUAUUUGUUUACCUUUGUUUGUUUAUUUGUUUUACAGGUCAUGAAGGAGACAGAUGGGAGACUGAACAGCGUCAGCUACACGAGAGACAUCAGCUGGCCAGAACACAACUAAAAGAAACUUUCUUUUUACAAAGAUCGCAAAUGUUGAACAGGCAUCAAAAAGUAAGAGGCAACAUUUGACAUCUCCUUCUAAAGAAGAAGAAACCUGUUAUUACAUAUUAUUAUGACGCACUUGUCUUCAACAUAAUGAUCAGGCUUCUUGGUACGCCUUUGCAUAGUCUUGUGAUUGAAAAGUGGUAUAUUAUUACUACUUUAACAUGAAAUUUUGCGAACUUUAGCGAUAAAUUUCUGUAAGCAUUAUUUCUUCUCUUCGAUGGUACAACGGAAAUCGUGCACUGUGAUGUGUUUGGGUCUAUUAAUAUGACAAUGUCUUCGUUUCGCUUCCUUACGCUCUCUUUUACAAUCAUUUUUUGAUAAGGUUUGGAGGAAUUUAGAAUCACGUUUAAGGGGUAAAUGGCAAACGUCGAUUUUUACCGCGGGAGAAAGCUUUCUCUUACUUGUCGUAUACCGUUCAUUUGUCAAGAAAAAUAUUCAGUAGUAGUUUCACACCCGUUUCAUCCAUAAGAAUUUGUUUGCACAGUUUUUGUCUGCUCAUUUCUCAUUUUUAGAAAUUUAAAAUGAAUCUGACGUUAACUUGAUUCUAGAUCUCUCAAUUAUAAAGCAUUCGACUCUGUGUUUUAUCCUAGUGUACAUUGUUUGACACAUUAUAAUUACUUUCCUAGACACUCCGUUCUCUGGUGAUACAGGCCUGCUAACCAGGCGAUUUUGUUUUUUUCGUCAGGAAUGUGAACAGCAUAAUCGUCUUACAAAACUGAAAGACGAAGAAAUGAAACGACGGCACGAGAUUGAGCGCAAACGGCUUCCCAAGAUUCAACGCGAUGAAAUCAAGGCUAAGUCACAGCAGUACCGCAAGUCUAUAAGGAUGGAAAAAAGAGUUUCAGUGGAUAUUGAGCGGGAAAUGAUGAAAGAGGUAACUUCACUUGAGAUUGAAUCAUUCCUUUCUUUUCAAGGAGUCGAGGGUCGUGAGUUCAUUUUGUGCGCACUGAAAAACCCGGAUGUAAACGUCAUUAUUGGUGUUAUAAACAGAGUUCCGCGGUAAACAACAGUGUAUUUUGAAGAAACGUUUUUAAUCGUACCUUUUGGCGGGAACACUUUAUCGCAAGCUUCAAAGAAAGGGAGAGUGCCGUGAUUGUAUAUGUGGGUUAAACCUGAGAUCAGGUCUUGUUUUCGUUUCGCUUGGUACGAAAUUCUGGCGCGACCAGGUAAGAGAGAAUGUAUGAAAGCUGAUAAAAUUGGGCCUUAACUCAGGUUAAUGUAGGUUAUGACAAAUCCCCGUGGCUGAUUUAAACGCUUUCUAUUUGUACAUAAUUUCAGUUUGAGUUAUUGGAACGUAAGAGAGCGCGCUCAGAGUACGAAAAGAUGCUGUUUAGACAGGAAAUGGAGGCGGAAGAACUACGCAUGUCAUCGGAAUCAGCAUUAAAGGAGUUACAACAAUUACAGGUCAGUUUGCGUUCAAAAUCGAGCAACAUUUAUUUAGAUAAAUAGAUAAAUGAAUGAAUGAAUGAAUAAUGACAUGACCGGUCAUGUCGGCGGGCGCUCCGCACAUGCCGGUUUAAAACUCGAAACGUACCAAUGCCUUAUAUCGUAAACUAAAAUGAGUCGAGUUAAAAAUCUACAGAAGGAAAACCUUAAAGCUGUAAAUAGGUAAUGAAGAUAAUUAUUUGAAUGUUAAUUAUUUAAUAGAAUAUUUUGUGAAGUUAACCUGAUAUGUUGUAUAUACCUCUAGUUGUAAUUUUAGUUUUUUUCAAAUAUCAAAAUCCCCUCUACUAGAAUUUAUAUGUGAGGUGUUUCUUUCUGUAUGUUUUUGUAUUUCUUUUCUUGUCUUUUUUCUUAUGUUAUUUAAUAACGUCUUUAUUUAAAGUCUUGUCCUCAGGACAAGACCUAGAUCAGCAUUAUAGCUAUUUGCAGGACAUAACGUUGUAAACUUUAUAUUUCUUUAAAUAAAUACAUUGUUGUUGUUGUUGUUGUUGUUGAUAGAUAGAUAGAUAGAUAAAUAAGUCAGUAAAUAAUGUCAUCUCAGUCCGCUGCUCUUAUUACGUUGGCCUCCGUUUUUUUCUUCUGCAGAACGAAAAACGUCACAUGUUAAUGGAGAGCGAAACGACUAAGUUAAAAGAAAGAGACGAGAAACAUGCAACGCAAGUAGUCGCGUGGAAAGCCGAACUUGGACCACGGAAGAAGGUGAGAGACUCACUCGCUCCUGCCAGGGUUAAUAUUAUUGAGGCAUCGGGAAAGAAUCCCUAACGAGAGAGAAAAAGAGCGGGAAUUCUCUUCUCUCCCUUUCGUACCAUCAGGUCAUUUUCGUUGCUACGCUCUUUAUCGUGCCUGUAAUUAGAGACCUUCAGACUUGAAUACUAGAACGACUAUCUGUACGAGAUUAUUUUUCGCUUAUUGUCAAAAAAUAGACACCAAAAAAGUUAGCAGUGUUAUCUUUAUUGAAGGAGCGCGUUAAUACCUCUGCCGAUCGCAAAAUGAUAAAACUUCGAAGAUUUGAUAACUUGUUUCUGCCACUACGACAUUCUCGCUAAAACUCGGAGUAGGAUGACGACGGCCACCACGUUUUCCCGCCAAAAUGACGCUGGUUCACACGCGCGCACUGUUUAGUAUGGAGAAAAUCCCUUCGGCGUACUCGUAGUCGUUCUUGCCUUAGAUCUAAAGGUGAAAGGUCUCUAUUAACUGAACGUCUGGAACAGGCUGUAAUAUAAGUUUUCCUCCAGGCAAUAGAUCGACCGCAGUCGGUUUGCCCAUGCUAAGGCUGGGAAUGUAAAAUGGAAUUAGGCAAAACGAUAAAAUCAUAACAACACGCAAUUUUUUUAAUACUCAAACUGUCCAUUGACAGAUGUGACUUUCGCUUUGAUUUCUCAGGUUCUCGAAGAGGAAUUCGCGCGCGAAGAGCGAGAGCAGCAGUUGUUUUACGCCGGAAACUCGACCUUAUUUCCUAUUCCCACGGAAACGGCGGGGAAGGAGGAAUCAGAGGGGGAGUCUGGUGACAACCAAGUGGAUGGAGAUAAAACCCCGGAUAACCUCUCGAGUAAAUCUUCUUCUGGCUCCACGGAUGUAAUAUCAUAA